AUGCGUCAGAUUUUAAACUAUUCAUCUUCAAUAAUGACACGUUUUCUAAGAGCUGAUAUUGCUGAACCUCUUGAUGUCGAGAAUUUUACUGUAUUUAUGAAAUUAAGUCGACUGACUACAAAGUUAAAAACUUUGGUAAUAUCAGAAUUAAUUGAUGACGAUUUCAUGUUAAAAAAUGAUGAUGAUUUAAUUUUGCUUAAAUAUGAAAUGGAACAGAAUAUAUGCGAUACUUAUAAAUCAAAACUAAAAUACUUUAGAACUAACUCGGAUGAAUCAGAAGUAUACAUGAUAAAUGAGCAUUUUACUUAUUUCCUAUUUGAAUAUGUGAGAAUGCUAUCAAAAUUAAAAAACGAAAAUGUACCUCUUGAAAAAAAUAUUAAGCUCUUAUUAAAAGUUGCUGAUGAUGAGAUGUUGGCUAAAAAUUUCCAUGUCUUUUCAGAUGUUCUUCCACAAUCAAUGAAAUUAUUUAUUUUGCAAAAAAUUACAAAUUGUUUUGCGAAGCCCGAAUUUAAUUUACAAAGUUGUGAAUUUCUAAAGUCUAGAAAUAAAGAUUACAAGUUAGAUUUGUGUGCUGUAACCUUUUAUACGCUUCAGAACAUUUGUGAACAUUUAGAAAAUGGAAAAAUUAAUCAAUCAUCACACAUUUUAUCCAAGUUUAAUGUUGAAAAUAUUAUUUCUUUAAUUGAUUCGCCAAUUGAUCUCAUUUUUGAAAAAACUUUUGAAGAAUCAACAAAACUCAUUACUUUUAAAAGAUACACAAACAUUAUAGAAGUGCCUUCCGAAAAAAUCAAAAAGUAUCUGAAAGUCUUAGAAUUAUUAGGCAUUUCGUUAAGAGGUCAUCAAAAACAAAUUCAUAACAGCCCAUUUUCAUUAGUACUUCUAUCCGUGCUUUCUGAGUUUAUUAUGGCUACUAAUCUUGACAAUUCCGCUAUUAUGAAGUUGAUUACAAUUAUUAUUGACUUUUUAAAAAUCUGUAGACUUCCAAUGCAUUUCCUUGCAGUAUCUUUCGCAUUUAAUAUUUAUCAAAAAUUGAAAUAUAAUGAAGAGUUGAGACAUAAAUCAAUAGAUUUAUUUAAAAAUAUUUCAAACAGAUUAAAUAAACAUAGUUUAGAAAAACAAAAGAUAAUAGAGGAUUUGGAAAAAUGUAUAAAUGUUGACGAAAAUUGGGUAGAUAAAGCAAUAAUUAUAUCAUGUUUCUUGGGUGAUAUUCCGGAAACACGUUUGAUUACAAAUACAUUUUUUAUUGAAUUUCAUUAUGCUCAAAAUGAAUUUGUAAUACUUUCUUCCGAAUACAUGUACUCAGAAAAGCAUCUAUUAAUUUAUCCUUAUGCUGUAUCAUUGAAUUUUUCAAUAGUCAAUAAAAAUGAAGAUUGCUUAUUCAAUAACUUAGCUAUACUUGAUGACUACAUUACCAUUUUAUUUAAUGAAGAUGUGAAAGUGCGAUUAGAAGAUAAAAAAUUUCUUUUAAAUAUUAUUUGUGAGCAUUACGAAGUGGUUGCUCACUGUUUACCAAAAGACUUCUUAUUAAAAUGUUGGCAAUAUGUAUUAAACCCUAUUAACAUGGAUGAUAACAUUUCUAAAGUAUUAUUGAAUUUAUGUUCGUCUAACGAUUUAAUAAAAUUCAUAAGUAUUUUGAAAAUUGAAACAAUAAAAAUAAUUGAAGAGAAUGAAUCAGAUAUAAAUCAAGAUUAUUAUGAAUAUAUUCAAGAACUAUGGUCUUUUUUACUUAACGUUCCAUUUAUUAAUCAAAAGAAAAAAAUUCGCAAGGAUAAUAUAAAUCAUUUUUGUUUUGUUUUAAAUAGAACUUACUUAUUUAACACAAAAAAGAUUCAAACAGAACAAGGUUUGAUUUUAUUAUUAAAAUUAGUUUGUUCUUUACUACAAAUAUCAUGGAUCAACAAUACUACAAUGAUAAAUUGUUCACUUAGAAUAAUGACUUUUGUUGAAAAAAGUACAAGUAAAACAGCGCAAUUACUGAAGGAAGCUUCUGAACUAUUAAUAGUUCUUUAUAAAUGUCCAAAUAAUUCUAUAAAACCAUAUUUAGGAAUAUUUUUAACUACAUUUGCUAACUUUUUAAAAAAAUGUUUGUCAUCUGUAUGUCCUAUGUCUAGAGACUCAUCGUUGGAUAAGAAUUAUUAUAUACCUUUCCACAAACUUGAAAAAUGUUCACGGUUAUUUAAACAAAAUAAAAGCGAUUUUGAUUAUGUUUGUUCUUAUAUUAUAGAAGACAUUAUUAAACUUGUUAUAGAAACUGAUUCUGUUGGCGUGAUUAAGAGACAUUUUUUUAAUAUCAUCUUCAAUCUUAUGGAUAUUUGUUCAUUAGAAGAAAUGAGGAAGCUAAUGUUUAAUAUUCAGGGAUCUUCUUUAAUGGUGUUAAAAAAUGCAUAUGAGGAGUACAGAUUAAAUGUUAGAUUUACUGGAAGACUUUAA